AUGUGGUCCCACGCUUUGGUCCUGGCCUUUUUUCCAGUUUUCAUGGCUUAUGCAGGCAACCUGUCCUCACCUCCCGUGGUGGACACCAUGCAUGGCAAAGUCCUGGGGAAGUACGUCAGCUUAGAAGGAUUUGUACAGCCUGUGGCCAUCUUCCUGGGAGUCCCCUUUGCCAAGCCUCCUCUUGGAACCCUGAGGUUUGCUCCACCACAGCCUACAGAGCCCUGGAGCUUCGUGAAGAAUGUUACCUCCUACCCACCUAUGUGCUCCCAAGAUGCUGUGGUAGGGAAAAUGAUCUCUGAUCUCUUCACCAACAGAAAGGAGAGCAUUCCUCUCACAUUUUCUGAAGACUGUCUCUACCUAAAUAUUUACACUCCUGCUGACUUGACAAAGAGCACAAGGCUUCCGGUGAUGGUGUGGAUCCAUGGAGGGUCUCUGGUGAUGGGCGGGGCAUCAACUUAUGAUGGACUGGCCCUCUCUGCCCAUGGAAAUGUGGUGGUGGUAGCCAUUCAGUACCGCCUUGGCAUCUGGGGAUUCUUCAGCACAGGGGAUGAACACAGUCGGGGAAACUGGGGCCACUUGGACCAGGUGGCUGCAUUACGCUGGGUUCAGGACAACAUUGUCAACUUUGGAGGAGAUCCAAGCUCUGUGACCAUCUUUGGAGAGUCAGCAGGAGGUGAAAGUGUCUCUGUUCUUCUGUUGUCUCCUCUGGCCAAGAACCUUUUCCACAGAGCCAUUUCUGAGAGUGGUGUGGCCCUUAUCCCGGGUAUGGUCAGGAAAGAUGUCAGACCUGUGGCUGAGCAAGUUGCUAUUGCUGCUGGGUGUGCAACCACCACCUCAGCUGUCAUGGUUAACUGCCUUCACCAGAAGACAGAGGAUGAGCUCUUGGAGACCACACUGAAACUGAAACUUUUUAAGGUCAAUUUACUUGGAGACUCCAGAGAGAACUGCCCCUUCCUGCCUACUGCUAUUGAUGGAGUGCUGCUGCCCAAGGCACCAGAAGAGAUUCUGACUGAGAAGAAUUUCAGCAUUGUACCCUACAUUGUGGGGAUCAACAAGCAAGAGUUUGGUUGGCUUCUUCCACUGAUUAUGGGAUAUCCACUCUCUGCAGGCAAACUGGACCAGAAGACAGCCACAUCUCUUCUGAGGAAGUCUAGCCCCUAUUUCAAUGUCCCUGAGGAUGCCAUUCCAGCAGCCAUCAAGGAGUACUUAGGAGGGGCAGAAGACCCUGUCAAAAACAAAGACCUGUUUGUAGACUUGAUAGGAGAUGUGUUACUUGCUGUGCCAUCUGUGAUUGUGGCCCGUCAUCACAGAGAUGCUGGAGCCCCCAUAUACAUGUAUGAAUUUCAGUACCACCCAAGCUUCUCAUCGGACUUGAAACCUGGGAUGGUGAUGGGAGACCACGGGGAUGAGCUCUUCUCAGUAUUUGGUGCCCCUUUUACAAAAGGGGUUGCCUCAGGUGAAGAAAGCAGAAUCAGCAAGAUGGUGAUGAAGUUUUGGGGCAAUUUUGCUUGGAAUGGGAAUCCCAAUGGGAAGACAUUGCCUGCAUGGCCAGAAUACAACCAGAAGGAAGAAUACUUGAAGAUUGGUGCAACCACUCAGGCAGCCCAAGGGCUGAAAGAUAAGGAAGUGGCAUUUUGGACUAAAGUCUGGACUAAGAAGGCAGCAGAGAAGCCACUCCAGGAGAAAAAAAAAAAGACUGAACUCUGA